ACUACUGCUAUAGUUCCAUUUUCAGAUAACAAUGGCAUCAAACCAGCAAAGCUACAAGGCCGGCGAAACCAAAGGCAAAGUUGAGGAGAAAACAGGACAGAUGGCCGAUACGAUGAAGGACAAGGCCCAACAGGCCAAGGGCUUUGUCUCCGACAAGACUCAGGCGACUAAGGAUAAGACGUCUCAGACCGGUGACAAGACUCAGGGAGCAGCUCAGGCUACCAAGGACAAGGCGUCCGAUGCAGCUCAGGCGACCAAGGACAAGGCGUCCGAUGCAGCUCAGGCGACCAAGGAGAAAGCCCAAGGGGCAGCUCAGGCGACCAAGGAGAAGGCCUCUGAGAUGUCGGAGUCGGCUCAAGAAGCUGCACAAGCUGGGAAGGAUAAGACCGCCGGUGUUCUGCAGAAGACCGGUGAGCAAGUGAGGAGUAUGGCGCAGGGGGCGGCGGACGCUGUGAAACAUACUUUUGGGAUGGCGGAAGAUGAUGAAACCAAUGCCGGCGCCGCCGCCGGGACCAACACUAAGAAGGUGGUCUACUGAUACUUUUGGUGAUGGAGGAGGAGGGGUUAUUAUGAAUAAAUAAAUUGUAACAGUACCAACUUGUUGCUAGCUGCUAAAAACAAGUGAAGUCUUUCCUUUCUUUUUUUUUUUCUUUCUUUUUUCUAUCUUGAAGAUAAGAACAUGUUCUAGAUUACCUAUAUACAUGUUCAUCAUGGAUGUAAUGUGCUUUGUUUGGUCGACCACAAAACGUUUUGUGAUCGUAAUUUUAAGUUUUUUUUCUUUCAUUUA